GCUGGUUUACCAACCUCCUUUAGAUAACGAAUGAAAACAACACUAACAGUAGCUUGGUGACGAUGAUACGAGUAAAAGUGGUUAAAAAUGGAUAAAAAGAAGAAACCAUUCGACGUGACUGCUUCAUCGGUAAGUUUACUUGAGUCAGCUUCUACUGUAAGUCAUAUUCAUAACGCUGGUGUUAAUUACAGCCCGCCAAAGCUGACGGUUGGUUGGCUAUCCGGCUACAUUGCCGUUACAGGGUCGAUAUAAUCUGAGGAGUCAGAUGCCUGUUUAACAUCUUACUGUCAUAUCUCACUGUUGUGUUUGUUUCUCACAGCUCGUCGACCUCAAAGCUGAACUUUACAGAAAGCAGGAACAGUUCAAACAAGAGAAAUUUGGACAAGUAUCGUCUGGUUCUGGAUCGACAUCAAAAUCCAAACUAAAGGUACACAAAGUUUUACUGUGUGUUUCAUUUUUAAAGCUAACUUCUAUCAUCAAACUGGCAUGAAUUCUCUCUGUCUCUGUGUUUAGGGUCAGAAACCUAAUAUUUGGAGCAAACAAAAUGCGGGUGUGUCAGCAAGAGCCGAGAAAGACGCAGAGCAGCUGGCUGAGCAGCAGAACAGCCUUGAGACAUCCAGGUGAGGAAAACACAUGAGGGGAGAGUUGGGUAAGAUGAGCCAGAGGGUAAGUUGAGCCACCCCCUGUUGCUUGGAAAUGGUAAAAGAAAUUGAUCAUGUGACCAAAUAUUUAGGAGAUGGGCAUCAAUUCAUGGAGUCUGUGAAGGUUAGAAGCACAUGGGUGAAGGGGUUAGACAUUUAUUUACAAAAAAAACAUUUCUUACUCUUGAAAGUGAAUUUAGUCUGUCAUAAUUUUUAUCAGAAUUGUGUUCAGACCAAAAAUUGAUCAUUUUAAAUUUGUUUUAUACAUCAAUUGGGGUAUCUAUGAGCUACAACAUGAGGUCAAAAACUAAUAUAUAAAAUAAAAAGAAUUAUUGUACCAGUUGAAUAGCAUAUGAUAGAUAAAAAUACACAUGAAUAUGAAGAAGUGACUGUUAGGCCCAAUCCCAAACCGACCCCUACACACUCGCCCUUCACUCCCGAGUGUCACUCGUAAUGAAGUUACACUCGCAGCUAUGGAGUGCGCCUCAUUUGAAACAGGAGUGUAUGAACAAGACAGGCGGGUAUGGGACGCCCUCCUCACUCUUAGCAUCAUGUUCAGUUCUGAGCCGCACCGGCUGCCUCGUUUCCUCAUCCUCAGUAAAAUCAUACGGCUCAACUUAUCCCACUCCUACGGUCAACUUACCCCAUACACGGGGUAAGUUGACCAUAGGAGACCACUUUUUUUGGCAUGCUAUAUUAUCAAGACAGUUAUGUUUACACUCAUUCUGUUGGUUUGCAGGGAUACACAACAUAUUGAAAUAUAUGCAGAUACUCUAGUUAGAGACAACAACUAUGAUGGCUCAUCUUACCACUUUCUGCCACUUUACAAAGGUGGCCAACCAUUUAAACUCUCCAUUUAUUUUCCUUAAACAGACAAAAGCUGGAGGAGAAGGCCAAACUUUAUGAACAAAUGACAAAAGGAGACUUUCCAGGUUGGUGGAGCUAAACUGAUUCAUUCUUCAUAUUCAGGGCCCCUAAAUUUUAUGAAACUGCAUCAUUAUCUUGUCAUGUAACACAGAUGAAGAGACAGAAGGACUGUUCCUGGUUGAUUUCACGCAAAAGAUAAUUGACAAAAAGAGAGAAAUGCUUGAAAAAAGGGAAACAGAGAAGGAGGAUGAUGAUACACACAACUUGUCUCCAAUCCCUCCUCCUGAAAACCCGGAUGAAGAAUGGUAAUGUGUCAUUUAUUUAUUUAUCUUCAUUGCUCUGUGAAUAUGUGCCGUGUUUUUAUUUGUUUAGAUCAGCUGGUCAUAUUUAUUUUCACUUUAUUUUAACAAAAUUUUAUAUCUUUUCAAUAGGGGUUACCUCGGGGUGAAUACUUAUAACACAUAGCUUGUGCACCAGACAAGCAAACGCACAGUUUAGGUUAUGUAAGAGUUAAAAUGAUCAGAGGAAAUAGUUGCACAUAAACAGCCUUAGAUUAAUCACACUUAGCUCAUAGAUUUGAAAAUGCUCUAGACAACAAAGUUUACAAAACUGUCUAGAUUGUUCCAAACAGUGCAGAUAACCUGUAGGCGCUUUAAACACACACAUAAAAAGAAACUUAACUCAUCCAUGUGUGUUUUUUUUUCAUCUAAAUACAACCAUAACUUCUAUUGUCACUAUAUUUGUAGCAAAUGAAUACCUGAAGUAGUUUUUGCAGUUUCUAAACUAUAAAUUUGGAUGUCCAUAUGAGCUGUUUUCCUCUUGUGUUUCUUUGGUUUAGGGUGGAUUAUGUUGAUUCUCUUGGUCGAUCUCGAAGAUGCAUGAAGAAAGACCUGCCGAGUUUUGAGAAAAUGGAUCAGAACCUGACAGGAAAAGGGUAAAUAAUCUUCAAAUAAAAGCUCUUUAAGCUUACAAGUGUGUUUUAGUUGUUUACCGUGCCUUUUGAAUAUGAUAAAUUUGUACAGAAAAGCCCAGGCUGACAAGACGUUACUCUCAGAGGACAUGCGGCGCGAGCUGCAGAGGCAGGAGUGGGAGAGGGAGGAAGAGGAGGCUAUGAAGAGGCCUGUUGGACCGAUCCACUAUGAGGACAUCAGAGGACAAGGUUAUUGUUGAGCAUUUCUGCAUUUCAUGUUUAAGGUAAGGGGAUUAUACUUGAGAGUAGUGUUAAAGAGAAUGUAUCUCGUUUUAUCACCUCAGAGGCCCGGGAGCUUGGUGUUGGCUACUUUUCAUUCGCUAGGGAUGUGGAGCAGCGCAGAAAGCAGAGAGAGACUCUGGAGAUGCUUAGAGAUCAGGUGAGAAGCUGAUAAUUGGACAGACAUGGUUACUGCUCUGGAGUUUGUGCUACCUACUCUUGAUAAUCAGCCUGCAGACUUUUACUUUUGAGAACAUUACACAAAUUGAAUAUCCACAAAACACUAGACUGAGAGACAUUCACACAAUCGCUGAUAUUUGAUGAAAAGAUUGUUUUCAGUUUCAGUGGAUGAUUCAUUUCCUGUAGUGUGUUUGUUUAAGUCUAUUUUUCUCUUCUAAAUCUUCCCUGUCCUCUAGACAACAGAGCAGCGCAACAAGAGGGAACAACUGAAGGACAAGAGGAAGGCCAUCCUACAGGCCAGACUGGCCAAAGUGAAGCAGAGAAAAAUGAAGAAGGGCAAGCUGGAGGGCACUGAAGAUGAGCAGGGAAUGGAGGAGAAAGAUGGUACGAAUUCAUCCUGAACUCAGACCAAAUGAUCUCUGAAUGAUAACAUUGAAACUGUUGUGUUUUUAUGUUGUGAUAACAUGCUGUUGUUAAUUGUUUGUCUCAGGAGAUGAGGAGGAGGAGGAAAUGACAGGACCCUCUCCUCCGCCAGAGGAUGUUCCAGAGGUCAGCAUUUCAAAGAAAGUAGAAGUGGAGAUUCAGGAGAGGAAGGAUACCAAACCUGGAGUUCCUUAUGUGAGGGAGUGGGACAAAGGAAAAGGUAAAGCUUCCAGGAAAUGCAGAAAAAAAGAUGUCUUGUUUUUUGUGCCAUGACUUAAUCCUUGGCUGUUUACUUUUCUCCUACUCUUCUCUUGUAUCUAUCCACCUUUUUUAUAAGAUUGUUGAUAUAUCUGGAGGAGGAUUCAUGUCAAACUUUGAAAUAUUUAUCCCACAGUUUUUGUACCAAGAUUAAAGGAAUUGAUCUUUACACUUCUCUAUUUUAUGCUCUUGCUUCCAGAGUUUAUGUUCAGUGAUUGGAAAACCCGACUACGAGAGGAGCGAGAUACAGAAUUCGCUCCUCCCUCUGCGUACUUCAGUGAGCGGAUAAGACAAAAACCAGAAAAGACUAAAACUCAUGAAAACAAAUCAAAGAUGUCCCAGAAGUGGACCAAAGAUCCAGAAACCUCUGAGAACCAGGAAAAGCCACAAUCACAGCCUAAAACGGCUCCCCCGCCUCCACAGCCUCAACAAAAUCCUCCAGCUGUCCCACAACCACAAACCUCAUGGCAGUCACAACCUUCAUAUCAGCCAGCAGAUUCAGCUCCUGUGACUGUUCCUCCUUUCAAUCCACAGUUUCCUCCUCCUCCUCCAAUGUUUUAUCCACCUUUUCCUCCUCACUUUAGCGGACCACCUCCCUCGUUUCCUCCAUUUCCUCCUCAUUACUCCAACCAGUAUCCCCCCCAGUAUCAGCCUCAGCCACAGAGCCAGUCUCAGCUUCAGCAGCCCACCAAGCCUCAGCCUGCAGAUGCCAGUCAGUCGCAGCAGACCACACAAAGUCUUGAUGACAUGUUGUCCUUCUAUAGGAAUUCUUCCUGAUCUCUAAAACCUCUAAACUUGCUGUAAAGUUGUUUUUAAUUUACUGUGAGUGUAAAUCCUGCAGAGGAAAUCACAGAUUCAACAAAACACAACAUCUCAGCUCUUUGAACUUUUGGUUUCUUAAUAAAGAAUGAUAAUUAAACGCUGUUUUGACUCAGCUUAUUUUUUCUCUUGGCAAAAAAACAUUAUUUGGAAGUUCAAGGCCACCUCUACAAGAAGUUUGAAUUUUGCACUGAGUUGCAGUACUUGAACAGCCUCCAGAUGGUAGUGUUCACCUGCAUGAUGAAACCUGCAAGCGACCAGGUUGGUUCUGUACCGUGGUUAAACAGUACAUCUUAACUCUGAAAGUGCAGUUGUUUACCUGUUGCUUAUUCUUUCUAUUUAAUGGUUGUAUUUGACUCAGGAGAUGGUUUUGCACAAGUUAACAGUAAAAUUAACUUUUCAAUUUCUACCGAAUGUUUUAGUCCAGACAUAUGUUGAUCAUCAUAAACAGUGAGUACCUCAGCUCUUUUAUGCAGAAAGUGAGUUUAGAUGCAGCUUGCUUUUAAGACUUUUCAAGUCCUUCACAUAGCUGCAUCCAAAAAAUGUGUAGAGAGCAACAAUUUUCCAUCAUCAGCUCAUCACUUGAGGUUUAUUAUUCCUCAUUUUCUCUAGGAAAAUGAACAAUACUUUUUCCUUAUGUGAAGUGAUUAAGAGAACUAAAUGCCAUGUUUCAACAACGACCUAUAUCAACCUCCUCAAAGAGCUUCUGUAAGAAUAAUGGGUGAAGUUGGUUUUUAGGCGUUCAUCUGAUUGAUGAAUGAAAGCUUAAACUUUGACUUAACCACAGAUCAUUCCUACUUUAUGUAGAUAUUUAUCUGAUUUUGCUUGUUUCAGCUUUCACAGGUACAAGAACAGGAAGUUUGGUGCUUCAUUCUUACACUUGCUGAGAAAUCGAAAGGGAGCGACCCUGUCGUCCAGGUAUUAGGUGUAGUUUGUUUAAGUAAAUUACUUUCUGAAUAAACUUGUUUUAGAAUGACAAUGACUGUCAAACAGGGAUUUAAGGAGACUAUUUUCACCCACGGACAUUACACCAGUUUAAAUACUGUUUUGGUUUUAUCUAAGAUGUCUGGAUAGAUUCUUAGUUUCCCUCUGCAUUCAGGUCAAAAUAUCAAUCUGAUUGUUUCUUACCAAAUACCUGCUUCACAAAUAUUUUUACUCUUGACAUCAGCUGUAUAGUGUCUAUAGCAAAAUACAGCAAGCUCAAAUAUUGAAUUAAGAAGCACUUUGAGGAGUCUAAUCGAUUAUAAAGGAGAGGAGGGUGUGUCCUAUUGACAGACUGCGCUCCUUUGUGACCAGCUGCACUGAAAAAUGAUCCUUAUAUUCAGUUGUGGCAGUUCAAUCCUGCUGUGGCUGUGAGAAAUAGCAUCCAGUUGUAGUUAAAAUAGGCAAUAAAAGAUCUGUACGUGGAAACUGUUUAAGAUUGUUUACAGUAUAGUUAUAAAACAAUUUUCUAAAACAGCAGAAAAAAAGGAGGGGAAAGCCUUUAUAAGGAAUGUAAUGUAUUAAAACGGCAUCUGACUUUUGUUCUCCUUUGGUCUUCCUGAUGGUAGCAGGCGAUCACUUGCUUCUUUUUCAUUGCAAGUUCAAGACAGAGCUGUUAUGCCUCUGUUACUUUUCUACCCCUAAGUAAAACCCAUAGAGGGCCACAAACUAACACAGGGAAUCAAACUCGUAAAUUAUCAGUCCCGGGGCACAUACCAAUAAGAGUUCAAUAGGCGUAGUGAAUCUUUAAAAUGAAAGAAGUAUCUCAACAAAAAGCAGCACAGAUUACACGGGAACUGGGAGACAAAAAUAGCCUAAAGACAUAAGGUUGAGAGCCUUCAGUCUUCUUCUUUAAAUGACUAACAUUAACAUUAAAAACAAGUGAGGAGAACUUAGCGGAUAUUACUGAGUCCAUUAAGGAUAAUGGGCCAUCAAGACUCCAUCAGUAAAAUCCAGCAUAUUAAGCCAACAAACAAAUUUAGAAAACUACUACAAGAUAAUUGGAGCUUUACAGGAAAGGAGAAAGAUAAGUUUAAAAAGGCUGCAGCUUUCCACGCAAGUUUUUGGAUCUUCAAGAGAAAUUCUGUCAACCUACAAAACCCAUUGUAACCUAAUUUUACUUCGUAAUUCUCCUGUCCUGUGCUUGUUUUACCCAAAAGUGUCUCCUCUUUAAGGGAUUCUUUUAAUUGUCUUUUGCCUGGCUGGCCGAGAAACAAUUUGACUUUAAUGAGCUGAACGGAUGGUCAAGCUUAGACCAAAAAACAACUAUGCCACUGAUCUUCAGCACUACCUGUGGAAAGGCUGUGCAGUGUGUCUGUGUGUGUAGGAGAGGAAUUAGUCCCCAAAACUGAAGCAAACUCACUCCUACUGUCUUACUUACUACUUUGUUCAUUUCUAAACUCAAAUAAAAUGCACACAGGAACAUGAUCAGUCGUUAAAGUAGAUAUGAUUGAGUAGGGGGGUAAAUAACUGCGAUGUAUAAGUGUGUCUGCACACAAGCUUUAUGCCACCCCUCAAUAGGUUAGCGCCUCAUUUGGGCAAUUCAAGUUAGUUUUUUAUUUGUAUUUAGCCUUUAUUUAACCAGGUAGGUCCCAUUGAGAUUACAAAUCUCUUUUACAGGGGAGACCUGGCCAAGAGGGCAGCAGCAUAGUUCCUACAACAGAUAAAAUUCACAACAUCUCAACAUUAAACAUUUAUGUACACACAGAUGAGGUAGAUUGUAAUGAUUUCACUAUAGUUUUAAAUUCAUUUAGUGUUACAAGAGUUUGCAGGCGAAGUUCAGACUGUAAUUCUUUCCAGUUAUUAGGUGCUGAAAACCAAAAAUUCCUUAUGCCCAGUUCAGUUCUUACUUUGGGGACUACUAACUGUAGAACAUCCAUAGAACGGAGAUUGUAGCUUCCAUGCUUUCUUGUUAAGAGACAGAGGGUCUAGAUGGAUCUAAAGGAAGACCCAUUUUGUCAUGUAAUUUGUUCACUGACCUCUGUUUAUGUUGUCAGUACAGUUGGAAAAUCAGUCAGUAUAGAGUAUAAUAAGUGUUAAGGCUGUGCUGUUUUUUUAAUGGGUUAAAGGACCCACUUUUGGAUAAAAAGAACAUGGUCAUACAAAUUUCUGUACUGUGGGGCUGUAUGUUGUUUAAAGGCAUUUAAGUGCAUUUUUUUACAUGCAAUAAAAGAGUUGUAAUGCAUUAUUUUAAAGCCGAAACUUUGAGUCAGAAAUCAUUCCGGUUAAAAGCAGUCACACAUGCACUUGUGUGAGAAAACAUUACUAGAAAUCUGCUGGACUAGCACUUCAGCAAGUUUGAGAUGAGUUCUGUUUAAGGGAGUUAUAAAACAAUAGGGGGGCUUUCUGUGAGGUCCGGCAAGGCUUAAAAGUGGACAGGUGCAGAAUAUAGCAUUCAUUAGAGGUUAUUAUUACAUUUCCUUUCUGAUACGUAAGCAGGUUUAUCCAUCUUAAUUAAUUUCACCUACUGUUCUGUAACCACCUGAGAUGGGCAGCUGGUUAGUUUCAUCUUCUCCUGAGCUGUGGAGUGCUGCAGUUGUUGAACUUAUUGUCAAAGUCCUCACAAAAAUUAACUUAAUGAAAAGCAGUGGGGAAACUCAAAGAGAAGAAUAGCAGACAGUCCAGGACUCGCAACAAUUAAUAUUUCUGUAACAGUUCAGAAAAAAACAGCAAAAAUGUAACAUCUCGAACUUGAUAAAAAAUACAUGUGACCCAUUGAACUUUGCUUCAAUCACACAAGCGUCUACACAGCGGACAAUUCAAGCUCUCUAUUGCCUCAAAGGAGCGGACAGAAGCUCUGUUUUGCUGCCGUAGGCUUCUUUAAUGGUCCAACAGAGGAUAAGGUUUUCCACUGGUGUGUAUUGCCACCUCCACACUAAAACAUGACCGUCUUCGGGUGGAGGCCCUCUGUCAGCAUCACCCCACAGUGAGCUGUAAUGAGCUGGAGUGUGUGCUUAAUGAGAGCUAAUGCUGCCACAGCUAUCGAGCCUCUCUUGCCACCAGGCCAUGAUGCUGCUCCUGCUGUGUUGUGUCAAACAGUCACAUGUAAAACAGACUGGCGCCACUAAGUUUGAUGGCAGGCCUGCUGCUGCAUCUUGUCUCAGAAGCAGAUGGAUCUGAAAAGAGGGACAAAGGUCCCGCCGAGCCUGUAAUGACAGCAUAUGACUCACAGCAUGGGGCAGCUGGAUUUAUGGAGUAGAUAGCACCUUUGCACUCUCCUGACUGCAUGGUGUCGGUGUCAAGGUGUACCAUAUUGAUGAUCGCGUUUGCAGUCAAAGUUCCUCUGUGGUCUCCUCUGCUGUCCAAAAACAAGGUCCAUAAACCAUUUUAUAACACUGAUUGACACAGAGAAAAAGUUCUGGGUUCAAAAUCAGACACAAUGAAAUGAAAUGAUUAGCUAUUUGAUUAAAGUGGUAUACUCUUAAAGGGAUAUUCCGGCAUAAAAUUAAUUUAGGGUCAAACACACCGUAACACAGAGUUGGACACCCACUCAAGUUAUAAUGACGUUUUAGCACUGUAUAACCAUAGUUAUAAACACUCAUAAAUGAUCAUAAUGCUUUAUAGCAACAAUCAUAACACAUUAUAAAGCAUUUUAUCAUGACUUACAAGGUCAGGAAUUAUAAUGUGUUAUAACUGUAAACAACUCACUGACAAUGCCCACAUAGAUAAUGCACUAUACAUAUGUUUAUGAUGAUUUAUUAUUUGCUUAUAAACUUCUAUAACGAUAGUUAUAAACACUCAUAAAUGAUUAUAAUGCUUUAUAGAAAUAAUCAUAACACAUUAUAAAUCAUUUUAUCAUAAUUUAAAAGGUCAGGUAUUAUAACGUGUUUUGCUUAUUGUUUUAAAGCCUUAUAAUAAUUAAUGAGUGUUUAUAAUGGUAGUUAUACAAGUUUAUAAGCAAUUAAAACAUCUUAUAAAUAUAUGUAUAAUGAAUUAUCUAUGUGGGCAUUGUCAGUGAGUUGUUAACAGUUAUAACAUAUUAUAAUACCUGACCUUGUGAGUCAUGACAAAUGUGUUAUGAUUAUUGCUAUAAAGCAUUAUGAUCAUUUAUGAGUGUUUAUAACUAUAGUUAUACAGCGCUAUAACGUGAUUAUAACGCAUUAUCCAAAUUGAUAGGCAUCAAGUAAAGUGUUACCAAAAAAUGGAUUUGAAACAGUGAACACAUUUGUGCAAUAAGUUUAUUUUAAAGUUAAACUUUGGGCUUUUAUGCUUUUAUUCAGAAAGGUUAGGACAGGGAUGGAGCAGAAAAACCAGGAGCAGGAGUGAGGAGUGAGGAGUGGCAUGUGGGAAGAGGACUACAGGCUGAAAUUGAACCCAGGCGGCCUUGAGAGGGCCAAACAGCCUCCUCUAUCUAACACUAAACCUAAUGCAGUCAACACUCUUCAUUAACAUAAUGAGGAAAUGCUGAUGAGGGAAGUGUAGAUGCCCUGAGAGUUUCUUAUAUUAACCAACACCAUAUGGCGUUUCUGUAUAUUCCUCCAAGAGAAACAGACAUUUCCUCUGAGGUUAGCUCUCUCUUUUGUUCACAGCAGAAGUCUCAGGCUGAAUUCAUUAUUCGAGUUAGUGGCUGACUUAAAAAGGUGAACUAAUGUGUUUAAGAUGCUGUAGCAUGUUGAAUGUCUGAAGUGUUUGCGUGUGUGUUUAGCUGAACUGUCGGCUAGGAAGGCAGUUUGUCUCCCUGGCAGUGUGUGUGUUUUCUGACAGGCCCCUUGCCACCUCACCGUGCUGGAUAAAGAUAUUAGCUGACCACUGUUGACACUGCAUGCACACUUGUAAUGGCCUCGUAAAUUCUGCUCAUGUGAAAGAGAAAGGAGGAGUGAAAAAGCAAGGAAAGGGACUGUGGACUCAUUGGCAGUCCACUCUCACACUCUGCCUGUUCCAGAACGCCCACAAUGCUCCCUACCUGCAGGUUACUGAGUUGCUGCUCCACACUAUCUUCAUAUACAGAAAGGGUAGAAAAGUAAGGGAUUUUUUUAAAAGGCCUAAACACGAACAAACCCAAGCUAGUGAAAACAGUACAUGUGUUUCACAGUAAUGAAAAAUAUACAACAUAUAAUGUGAAUGAUAAAAAGAUGAGGAUAUAGUUAAAGGAAGAGUCCUUCAUAAGUGGAGAAAGGAUUUAGUUUUAUUUUUCAUGAUGUACAGACACAUUCAACUUUACAAUAGGCCCUCUGAACAGAAAAAAAAUGUUAUUUUAUUUGAAAGUUUUAUCGACUAAACUUCUCUCCCAAAAAUAAAUCAAAGAGUUAUUUAACAGUCUCUGAAAAAAAGAAAAAAUAGCUUGGUCAAGUGAACUAUUUUCUUCGGAUUAAGAAACGUUGAUGCUUUGAAUGAAAGAAAGUGGGUUUCAUUUGUCAUGGAAGUUAAGUACAUACAUCUGUGAAUUAUGUUAAGUUAAAUAACUUUUUCAUUUAAUCACAUCUAUUUGAAAAAGUACCCGACACAAGUCCUAAAACCAAGAUUAAAGCCCCACACUUUAUUGACAAAUUCCUCCACCACUGCCUCCUUAAAUCUUAAUGCAACUUAAAAUCACACAUUUCUUUCCAAAAGUUGCACCUACAUGUUAAGUUGGUGGAAACCAGCUCACUAUAACGCACAAGAAGCUGAAAGGCAAGAAAUUAAAUAUAAGAAGAAAAGUGACCCUUCUCAUGUGAGAGCUGCCGGUGGAUGUCUGAAUUUGGUCUCUACAAACUGCAGAUCACCAAACAGGCAAAUCAGCCUGCAAAAUCUUCAUCAUUGAAACUAAAAUGUUAAUAGAUUCACAAGUUGCUUAUUACUUAUUCUAAUGGAGGGUGUGCGGCUGAAUAUAAGCUCAUUGUUGUCAGAUAAGGUGUUAAGUCUAAGGCUGAGUACCAUCAGUGUCUCUGCUGAGAUGAAAUGAGACGGUGUAAAUGGAGGGGGAAAUGUUUCUUGGCAGCAGCGAUGUCACUCUUGCUUGCUCCAGUAUCACAUGGUCAGUAUUGAUUGUAAGAUCUAGGGGCUGUUAAGGGGCUUCUUGCAUCUAAAUGUGUCCUUGAGUGAAAGAUUAAUGGUUUUCUAUUCUCCCUUCAUUCCUUUUCAAUAGUAAUGAAAGUUAAAAGCCAACUAAACAUAGAAAACACACAAAAAGUUAGAAUAUCGAUUAUUUUUAUUUGAACAACAAGCCUGUGGGUGUAAAAUUUGUAAUUUGACAUAUGAUAAAAACAAUGAUAAUAGAGAUGAUAUAUUAAGAGAGAGCAAGAUGAGGUGAUUCCUACUUUCCCACUGAGCAUUUUUUGGUCUAAAAGAGGUCAUAUAGACGUCUAAAUGUAGUCUAGACGACUGAUCUAAAAUCAGUCUACCAUUGGUCUAAAAAAAGUUUUUUAGACAUCAGAAUUUAAAUUUAAACCAAGUUCACUCCCCAAACCCAUUCGAGACUGUAAGGACCCCCAUACUUUCAAAUCCCUACUAAAAACACACCUUUUUUAAAUUGGCUUUUAACCUGUGAACUUUUCCUUUUGUGUCUCCUCAUAUUGUGUCUUUUCUAACCUUUUACAUUGUUGGUUUAAUUUCUUAAAAUUUUCUGUAUUUUAAAUUGUGUUUUUUAAUUUUAUUUUCUUCUUUUCUUUGUAAGGCGUCUUUAGCACCUGUAAAAGCGUGUUAUAAAUAAAUUUUAUUGUUAUUAUUAUUAUUAUUAUUAUUAUUAUUAUUAUUAUUAUUAAGUUUAAACUAAAUCUUAUUUUGGGUUGUAUCUAUACUACACUGUAUAUUGCUCAAUGGCUAUCAUAAUUACUUUGGUUAAGCACUUGGUGAUCAGUUAUGCGACUCACAGUUGAACACAGUUUGAAAUAAAUAGUUAUCGAAUAAUGGGUUAAAGUGCAACAUCUAAAUUCUGUCCAAAAAUAUACAGAAUCUAGAAGGUUGAAAUUAGGUCUAAAAAAAACUAGAUGUCAAAUAGCUGUCUAUUGCCCAGUGGCUUUCUUGUUAACAGAAAUGAAGAACUAACAUCAGGAAACUCUAAAUUUCAGGUUAAGACUGGAAACAGUGUUGGAUAACUGGUCUGGUUCCAUCUCAAGGCAAAAAUAUGAUCUGUAAAAUAAAGUCCAUCUGCACUGGGCAUCACUGUCUGAUGCCCAGUGUCUUCUGGACCAGAGAUUUGGGAUGCAACCCAGACAGCUAUUUCUAACUAGUUUGUUUUUAUACAUAAAGUAGUUAAUACAAAGUUCCUAAGGAUGGAAAUUAUCAUAUUAAAUUAUAAAGCCAGCUUACGUUACUUGAAUUCGGAUCUAUUAAAAGUAAGACUAUAUUCUGAAAUUUAAAAGCAGGUACAGGAAUAGUAGAAGGAGCAGGAGAGUUGAAAGUAGUGCAGAGGGGGGAGAGGAUGACUUUCAAGCAUAGAUGCUUGUUUCUGACAUGGCAGAUGGAUGUUUAAUAUGGUUUUGGUCUCCUUAGGUGAAUAUUGUUUUCCUCCAGGGGUUAGUUGUUCUUGAUGGCAGCAAGAAUUUGCACACCAUCAACUGUAAAUACCCAAAGCUCAGAUCCAGGCUUUUGAGGUCUUAAUUGUGCUGCCUUGAUGUAGGCUUGCAUUUGAUUUGCCAGCAAACAUUUACUAAACACCUUCUGUAGUUUUGAUGCUACUUAUUGAAUUGUUGUGAAUUAUUAAAUAAUAUUUGUGUUUUUCAUUAUUCCACCAUGUGUUUGUAACACAGUCAGGCAUUUUACAGGCAACACCUGACUGUUGUUUAACUCUGGCCUUUGUCAGAGCUUUUCCUAUUGUGCACUAAACCAAAAGUUCUCACAGAAGAACAAAAACAAUCCUCCAGCUGUGUUUUCUUCCUCGUCACGAUGUAAAGAGAAACUAAAAUUAGAUAACCAUGACACAAAAGUUUGUUCCUGCUGGGACCUGUCGGUCCAAGCACAGUGCAGUUCACAGGAGUCACUGCUGACGAGGACAACAGAAGUCAACCUAUAUUUCAUUUCUUUAACAUAUUUAUUACAAGGACGUAAAACUUUCAUCCAUCUUACAAGUUUUUCAAGUCACAUCAUGGAUAAUUUUCUAGAAUUUGUUGUUCACAGAUAUAAGAACUGUUUUUUGUCUUAAACUACUUUUCUGAGGAAGUAGAAGAAAGCCAGUUCAUUAUUGGUCACUGAAGACUGAGGGUUUUAUGUCCACUCGAUAUUUUCUAAACCAUACACUGAGAUGAUGUCAAGAAGUAGGACAAUGAGGCCCAGGUUGAAAAUAACAGGAGUUAUCCUUUAAUUUUGGUGGCUACGCCCUCUGUGCUCUAGUUCAGCUGAAAGACUUGAAAACAGUCACAGGAAGGAGUAUAUCAAGAUGGAGUUCCUUUUUUAAGCCCCAGUCUCAUUGUUUCACCUCAGAGCAGGAGAGAGGAGGAGACGCGCUCUUUCCUCGCCUGACGCAAACAGGAGACACACGUCCAGAGAUGGACCUCAGGGUUCGGCUGCUCGGGGCUUGAAUUGUUAUUCUAAACUAUUUCAUUGCAGCACAUGUCGAAUAUCCCCUUAUAUUUCAUAAAUAGAGAUGUUAAUACCUUUUUUUCUUAUAGAUGCUCUACCUCUAAAAGAAAAAAGAAUUUAAAGUAAAUAAAAGUUUGGUAAAGCUAUUUGUACUGCAGUUUAUAUUUAUGCUCAUGCUUAUUCAGGACUGUAGCUCCAAAAGUUAAAUUAAAAAAACAUACUUUUUAUUCAGGUAGAUAAGUCUGAAUACUUAUCUUUGACCCCUGCUAAAACAUCAGAAAACCAACAGUAAUCUUCAAAUGUGUUUUCGAGCUUUUCUAUUGUCGAAUUUUGCUCCAUUGUUGCCCAGAAAGUCAACGCCUGGGCCACACUUGCACUAGCUGACAACUUCAUUUGGUCCUAACACACCUCUAUCUUGACCAAUCAACCAGUUUUAAAAAGUUAAGAUCAAUUAAUUUAGUUUUUUUUUUAGUAAAAUUCCUGUAAAAGUGAAGGAUUUAAACAAUGGAGCCUGCACCGUUUUGAAUUUGAAAGAUAUUUUGUGUUCUUGUUUUACUGAAAAGCAUGAUCAGUGUUAACAAAUACACCUUUGGACCACAGGCAGGCUGAGGAUGUCACAAAAAUAACAGGAAAAUCUCAGUACUGGUCUUUACCCUCAACUUCUCAUGUUUUCAGGUCUCUAGUUUUAUUUACCGUUUUCUAAUUGUCCAAAAACACAUUUUCAUGUUGCUCAUGUUUCAAGAGGACCUGUCGUUCUCUCAUGCUGCAGACUCCAUUUCCCACCUUCCUCCACAUUUAUUGACUCCAUAUGAAAACGCAAUUAUCGCACCAACAUGAAGGCGGUCAAAGGUGCUGCCACAUAAUGUUUUUCAAUGAGCCAAACACUUUGUUAGUGACAAAGCUGUUCUCUCUCAAGCUGAGCACACCUUAUGUCAAAUGUUCAAGUGUUUUGAGAGCUCACUCUUUCCGGCUUACAUCCAGACUGCAAUAAUCAGCUGUUAGCAAAAAUAGAAACUCUGAUCUAAUACAUUUCCUGGUGUGUCUGAGGAUAAAUUUUUUUACAUUUAUUUUUAUUUUCACUCAUUACCACAUUGUAAUGCUCAACAUUAUUAGGAGUGGCAAGCUGGGAACACUCAUGAUGACUCAGUCUUCUGUUAGGAUUGCUUUAGCAGCUUUCUCUAUAUGUUACCAGAGAUAUAUCUUAGAUUAUGAUAAAUAGAUUUAGGGGUGUGAGGUUGUUAUUCUGUCGCUCUGGAAAGUUUUGGUUUUUUUUACUGUAUAUUAACCAAUCUUGUUUAAAUGUUGUAAAUCAUCAGCAGCUGAGCGCUAUUCAUAAACAUAAAUAGUUUCCCUUACUUCAUCAGCAGUGCGUCACUGUAAGUCCACUAAGGGGUUAAAUGUGAGCAUGAUGUCCAUGAGCUGCGAAGGAUGUGAAGUUGGGUUGAGCAGGAAACAGGGAGAGAAGUUUCCUGUUAUGUAGAAAAAAAAAAAAACAUGUUGUGUACCAAUCAGACAGCCAGAUAGUGUUCAGAGAAACAAAGCUAGUUUAUCAAUAAAAGAUAUCAUCUUUUAGAGAGACUCUCAACUUUAUGAUGACAAAUUUAGAAUUAGGGUUAAUGAAUUCCUGAAAAAUCCUAUGUAUAGCUAUUCAUUUGAUAAUAAAUUCACAUAUACAGAUGGAUUCCUCAGAGCUACGAAAAGAAAAUACUUUUUAUAAGAACAUAAGUGAACUAAAGAAACUCUUUUUUACCAUUAUUGCCCAGUUGGGCAUCAAUAAAGUAAUUCUGAUUCUUAUUUAAAAGUGUUUAGGCACCUAUGAGUCAAACUUUAUGAAGUGUAAGUUGCCUUUCAGACUACAUUAAUUCAAUAAAUGACAAUUCGUAGACCAUAACGUGGUCAUUUUGGCUUACGUUUAUAAUUUUUAACUUAUUGAAAAACACUCUUGAGUAACUCCUUGAAACAAUUGUACUUCCAUAAGACUUCGGACACUGUUUAAAUUGAAAUAUUUGAUUGUUUUAUGAGAAAUACAGACCAUGUUUAUUUCAAAUUUGAUGCCACCAACAUAUUCCAAAAUAGCUGGGACAGGAACAAUGAAAAACUUGUCAAUAAAAAAAGAAACCAGUAAGGGUUCAUUGCUAACAGUUCUAUAGGGAGACAGCGUCUCUCAGAUAUAAAGAUAUGAAAAGAUUCGUCCUUCUGUGGGAAACUGGACAGAGAAGUAGUUCAUAAUGAUGUUGCUCAAGGUAAAAUUGUAAAGAAUUAGGGGAUUUUAUCAUCUACAGCAUAUAAUAUCAAAAGAUUAAGAGAAUAUAAAGAAGUCUCUACAAAAAGGACAAGGCCCAAAACCAGGACUGACUGACCUUAAAGUAUAGAGACAUUACUCUGCAGCAGCAAAAAUCACUGCAUGACUUCAAAAUCACAUUUAAAACCCACUGUCUUUAAACACAGUUUGUUCCUGCAUCCACAAGUGUAGGUACAGACCAUAGACUGUAUAUAGUAUAUUAAAUAGUAUGUUCUAUAUACAGUCUUUGGUUAAGAUUGUACCAUGCAAUUUAACAUUCUUUCUUUCAAAAACAAGCUUUGAUGGUGUGGGAAUGCGUAAGUGGCCAUGACAUAACUAGUGCACACAUCUUUAAAAGCAUCAUAAAUGCUUAAUAAUUUUGAGAAACAUAUGCUAAUAUCCUGACGAUACCUUUUUAAGGGAGAUCUUACCAGAGCAAGACGAUACCACACUACAUGUAACACACAACAUGUCUCCUUAGUACAAGAGACCAGGUACUGAACUGAUGUGUUACAAUACAAUAUAUACAAUACAAGAACUGUAUUGACCCCCAAAGGGAAAUUAAUCAUCAUGACAAAACUAAAUGACAAAGGAGACCCAGAACUGUUGAGCAGCUAAAAUCAGACAAGAAUGGGACAAUAUUUCCCUUUGAAAACCCAGAAAAUGGUCUCUGUGGUUCCCAGGCAUUUACAGACUGCUGUUAAAAGAGGAAAACACAAUGAUAAACAUGACCCUGUCCCGACUUCUUUUGAAUGAGCUGCUGGCAUUAAAUUUGAAAUUAGAUGAAUUUUACACACAAAAAUGUUAACCAAUGUUAAUUUCCAACAUUUUAUAUGUUGUCUUUAUUUCCAAUCAAAGAUAUGAUUUAAAUAAUUUGCAAACAUUAAAAAAAAUGUUUUUAGAACAUUUACAAACUCCUUACUCGUAUGAAUUUGGGUAGGUAUACGUUUUAGGACUAUUUCACUCUUUAUAGAGCUGUUUCUUGUAUUUUGCCCUAGCCAAAAGAAGUCACUUUGUCUGCAUCUUGAAAAAAACCCCA